AUAUAUCAUAGUUAUUAUAUAUUAUAGAUAUAUUUAUAAGAAUUUUGAAAAUCUGUUUUCUAGAACAAGUAUGGACACAACAUAAGAAAGAUUGGAGAAGUUGUUUAUUUACUUGUAAUUCAACGUUAUACUUUACAGACGUUUAUAUAAUGAUGUAAUAGGACCAAACGUAAUAACUUUAAUGAAAAGAAAAACAUAUCCAUAACCUGAAGAAAUGUGGAAUUGUACGUAAAACUACGUCUGCUAUCUCUAUCUUCACACACAGUAUCAUUCUUUAGAGUAUAUUAAAAACAAUGUCUGCAGAAAAUAGCGGAGAGACUAUGCGAGAAACUGCAUUACGACUUGCCAUAGAAGAAGAAAACAGACGAAGGACUGAUCCAAAUGAAACUCACGAACGAUCCAUUAUUAUCCUUGGCAGUAAGGGAGUUGGUAAGACAACAAUGGUGUAUCGAUUCCUUGAAAAAGAUGAAAGACCAAAACCAACAUUAGCGAUGGAUUAUUCUUUUGGUCGCAAAACUGUGAAAAGUUUAGUAAGUAAUGAAUUCGAUUUGAGUAAAAAGGAAUUUAUUGGAAAAAUAUUGAGAGCAGUAGCCCAUAAUCUAGGUGCAAGUUUGUAUUAUUACUCCUCUAAAGAUAAAUUUCUUAUACGACGACUUAAAGAUCUGUUAUCUCAUUAUGGAUUUGGCUCUCCAUUUUCGGAAGAAAAGUGUACGGAUUAUGAAAAACCAUUAAUGAUGCCGGCUGGCAUGGAUUCCUUCGGGCGAAUCGAUUUGCAAUUCCCCCAAACGAGACCGUCGGCAAUUUUAGACACCAUCAAACAAAUCUACGUCUCGCGAAUACCACAAGUGUCGAGGAGCGACGAAAGUACUUUGGAGGAUCCUAGUAACGAUCCUAAUUUUAACGAGCCUAUUAUCGACAGAUUGAGAAUGCAGCGAGAAGAGGAGAUCGCAAUACUGCUGAACGACAUGAUGGAAGGCCGCAUGCCGAAAAUUCCCGUGCCCGAUCCAAUUUAGAAAACAUGCAUUUUCAUUAUGCAUCCAUUACAAUUUUAAAACAGAAAUAAAAAAGUCCUCCAACAAUUUAUGUGUCGUAUUCUAUUGUAAGUCAUAAUGUACAGAAUUAUUAAAGAAUUAUUUUGUGAGAAA